GCUAUUCACACGCAAGAAGGGGAACGAAGAGCUCAGAUAACACUUUAGGUAAAAAAAAUGCAACAAAGCGUCUACUAUGGCCAGAUCGGCCACAAAGAUGCAGAAAUGUUAUUGGGAAAAUAUGGGAAGGAUGGAAGCUUUCUAUUGAGAGACAGUGAAAGCCAACACGGUGCUUUAUGUCUCUGUGUGAGGAAAGCUCCAUAUGUGCUCACGUACAGGAUUACGCAUUCACACCAAGGCUGGGGGUUAGAGACUGAAAACAAGGAGAAGAUAAAAUGGUUCCAGUCACUGGAUAAACUCAUUCAAUCCUAUAAAGAGACCCCCCAUAACAUGGUUCCCCUUCUGUAUCCUCUUGAAAAGUCGCACCUAAAUAAAGAAGACAGACGGAACAGAGGUGAGCUUGUGUGCCCUUAUUCUGUCAUCAGGAUUUGCGAGCCAACCUACAUGGAAAUGUGAUGAUCGCUUUAGUCUGACUCACUAAGAGGGAUUAUGUCUGUGUUGAUUAUUUUCCAUUUUCUAAACUGUUUCUUUGAUAAGUAAUUCAGGCAUUUGUUAUCUGUUAAAUGAGUUUUGCCUCCAUUUGUUUAGUGCAAAAGUGACCCUACUGGGUUUGUUAUUAUUAUUAUUAUUAUUAUUAUUAUUAUUAUUAUUAUUUAAGACUAUGAAAAUAUUCCACAAGAUGGCAGUGAAGCUAGUAAACAUUUGUGAGCAGACUAACACUUCUAACUUCCCCUUAUGUUCAUAAGGAAGUUUGUAAAUUCAGAGCCUUCCCCAUGACACCAAGUCUGUGUGAUGGAUUCUGUGUUCAGGAAUUGUUUUAUUUGAAAUUGUUAAGUUUACAGGAUGGAUUCAGUAAAUUCCAAUAAAUGAAAAUAUUCCAAUGACUGUAUCCUGGUUUCAGGAAAUGUCCUACAGUUUAGUGUAUAGUUUUGAAUCCUGCCUUAUAUACAGUCUUCUCUAAGCUUUGCUAAGAUUUGUUGAGAAAAUGUGGUGUUCUCUAUAAAUUAUGUUUUACUACAUUGAUAAUGGUUUUUGAUAAAAUACAAGUAAUUGUUUUAUUGUAAACCUGAUUGGAAUGAAAAUACCAAAUAUUUGUAAAUAAAUACAUAAGUUGUUUGGCUAGAAUGUUCCAAGAUUAAUAAUUUAUGUGCCAAAAAUUUCACUUGUUAGGAAAAUAGCAAUUACUACAUACUAUCUGUACUAUUUAAACAAUGCAUGAUCAGCAAGUCAAAAGUCCAAGUUGGCAAGAAAAAAGAAGAUGUGGAAGUACAGUGACCACAUGCCAAACGAACCAUGUAAAGUUUAAACAUGGGUGACUCAGUGAAAGAACACCCUUACAAGAACAACAAAUCAUGUAAAUAAAGUGUGGGAACUGAUGCGGUGGUGCUGGUGGUAGAAUUUACGCUUCACGACUAAAGUGUGCUGUGUUUGGUCCAGAGUUUGUUGUCGUUUUGUUAUUAUGUAUGUACCUUUUAUGCAAAUUGAUAGUUGUCAAGUUGUUGUAUUUUAAUGACUUUUAAAUGAUUACCAAUAAAUUAAAAUAUAAUAUAGUUUGGGAAAAUUUUUUGAAAGCCCCUGAUUGUGGCCAAAAGCCAGCAAGGUCUACAGAUUACUCACCCCUUUCUAGUUGAGUGUGAGAUGAUUAUAAUUUUAGAAAAUGAAUUAAAAGGAGAAAAAAAAAAAAAAAAAGACAUGACCUGAUGGCGUUUAGAUUAUUUUAUUUUUAUCAAAUACUGUUAAUGCAUU